AUGGGCCUAUUCAAUAGUGAUUAUUCUAGACUUCCAACAAACACUAGCGAUAAGACUGGAGUUCUUGAGUCUCCUAUGGAGACUAGCGAUGACCCUUGGAAUUCUCCCUUUGGUGAACCGCCUAUUAGAUCUGCUCUUGAAUCUGACGAAGUUCCGGCUUUUGGUAAAUUACCUGGAGCUCCUGAGAAUUUUACAUCUAUUCUUAAGUUUGACGGAGUUCCUGCUUUCGGUAAAUCACCUGGAGCUCCUGAGAAUUUUACAUCUGCUCUUGGAUCUAACGAAGUUCCGGCUUUUGGUAAAUUACCUGGAGCUCCUAAGAAUUUUACAUCUAUUCUUUUUAACGAAGUUCCUGCUUUCGGUAAAUCACCUGGAGCUCCUGAGAAUUCUACAUCUGCUCUUGGAUCUAACGAAGUUCCGGCUUUUGGUAAAUUACCUGGAGCUCCUAAGAAUUUUACAUCUAUUCUUUUUAACGAAGUUCCUGCUUUCGGUAAAUCACCUGGAGCUCCUGAGAAUUCUACAUCUGCUCUUGGAUCUAACGAAGUUCCGGCUUUUGGUAAAUUACCUGGAGCUCCUAAGAAUUUUACAUCUAUUCUUUUUAACGAAGUUCCUGCUUUCGGUAAAUCACCUGGAGCUCCUGAGAAUUCUACAUCUGCUCUUGGAUCUAACGAAGUUCCGGCUUUUGGUAAAUUACCUGGAGCUCCUAAGAAUUUUACAUCUAUUCUUUUUAACGAAGUUCCUGCUUUCGGUAAAUCACCUGGAGCUCCUGAGAAUUCUACAUCUGCUCUUGGAUCUAACGAAGUUCCGGCUUUUGGUGAACCAUCUAGACCUCCUAAGAAGAAUAUUCGAUCUACUUUUAGAUCUCCUAAGACCAGCAAUGACUCUAGGCAAAACGACUCUUCUUUUAGUGAUCCUCACCAUGGCUCUAUGAUAGUUGAAUAUUCUCCUUUUGCAUCUUGGGGUCCUAGGGUUCCUCCUUUUGUUGUUCCCAUCAGUCCAAAGGAUAUCCCGAAUCUGAAGAGGACAAAUUGA